AUGCGAAGCCUCCAGGAGGCUGAACUCUGCUUCCCACAACUCCUCAACUCCUCCUGCAGGAAGAUCAUGCUUCCUCAUUCAACCUCAGCGCUCAUGUACUGCUUACUGUCCUGUGUGUCUUGGCUCACUGUGACCCUUAACAUGCUGGUCAUCAUCUCUAUCUCCCACUUUAAGCAGCUCCACACGCCCACCAACAUCCUCCUCCUCUCCUUGGCUGUCUCAGAUUUCUUGGUGGGUUUCCUCAUAGUCUUUCAGAUCCUUCUCAUUGAUGGCUGCUGGUAUCUUGGCGACUUCAUGUGUGUUCUGUAUUACAUCAUUGAUUAUGUUAUUACAUCUGCAUCAGUAGAGAACAUGGUUCUCAUAUCAGUGGACUGCUAUGUAGCUGUUUGUAACCCUUUCCAGUAUCCCACCACAGUCACACAAAAAAGGGUUUGUGUGUGUGUUUCGUUGUGUUGGAUGUUUUCUGCCGUCUGUGUCUUUAUAGUUUUUAAAGAAAAUCUGGGACAGCCAGGCAGGUUUAAUUCAUGCAUUGGAGAGUGCGUGGUUGGAUUUGAUAAAACUGCUGGAAUAAUAGACAUCUUGUUUUUCUUCAUCGGUCCUGUCACCAUCAUCAUCAUUCUGUAUGUGAGAGUGUUUGUGGUGGCCGUGUCUCAGGCUCGGGCCAUGCGCGCUCGUGUUGCAGCUGUCUCCCUCCAGGGUUCAGUCAGAGGUAACGCUAAGAAAUCUGAACUCAAAUCAGCCAGGACGCUUGGGGUUGUUGCAGCUGCAUUUCUAAUAUGCAUAUGUCCAUACUUUUUUCUCUCAGUUACCGGUGGGGAGACCCAGUUUAGUGCUUCAUCCUUUGCUUUUUUUCUGUUUUAUCUUAACUCCUGUUUAAACCCAUUGAUCUAUGUCUUAUUUUUUCCCUGGUUUAGGAAAACUAUUAAACUAAUUUUCACCCUGCAGAUACUGAAGGCCGGAUCCUCUCAGACCAACAUCAUGUAG